CUUCUCUUCUCGCUUCUUUCUAUUCUUCUUCCAUUCUCGCUUCUUUCUACAAUCAUCAUCUCCAAGCUUCUCAUCACUCCAUUGGCUGAAAGAAGGAAACGAUGUUUUACACCACACAUGAGAGACACAAAUUCAAUUGUUUGGUACUUAGGAAUCACGUUGGAACAGAAUGAAAUUCAAAUAUCUAAUUCCUUUUCAACAUUUUGUUGCAUUUCUGCAUGAGCUGCGAUGUCUAAUACUGAUGUUAAAGAUCCAUUGCUACCGGGAACCGUUGAUGUUUCACUUCAGUCUCGUUUGAAGAAGGUGUUGGAGAGAAGAAAGAAUCAUGGUUGUGGUAGUGCUCCCGGUGAUGAGGUCCUUCAUCCAGAACAUAACGAUGUGAAAACAUCUCAUCCUCCUGAUUCUUUUGCACCAAACAGCCUUAAAUUCAGGCAUGUUUUCUUGUUCUUGGCUGUGUAUUUAGGUAUAGGGGCUGUCUGUUUUUUCCUCGUAAGAGAUCAGAUUGACGGCAAGAAGACGAAUGAGGUUCUAGACGCCAUAUACUUUUGUGUUGUCACAAUGACCACAGUUGGGUAUGGGGACCUUGUGCCUAGUACCACUUUAGCGAAAUUCCUUGCUUGUGUUUUUGUGUUUGCUGGAAUGGCCCUUGUUGGAUUUGUUCUGAGUAAAGCGGCUGACAGGUUUCUAGAGAAGCAGGAAAUCCUUUUUUCCAAAGCUAUACAUCUAGGCAAAGAUUACAAUUCAACAGAAUUAGCCGAUGUAGUUGGACCGAAUAAAGUGAAAUACAAAUUCCUAACUACCUUAGUGCUCCUUGUUGGGUUAAUGAUAGCCGGAACUCUCUUCGUGGUUUUUGUCGAGGGGCUGGCAGUUUUUGAUGCAUUUUAUUGCGUUUGUGCCACUAUCACCACACUUGGUUAUGGAGACAAGAGCUUCUCAACAAAGUCGGGUCGUAUUUUUGCUUCGUUUUGGAUAGUUAUCAGCACCAUUUGCUUGGCACGGUUAUUUUACUACUUCGCUGAAGUUUGUACAGAACAAAGGCAAAGAUCAAUGAUCGAGUGCGCUCUUACAAGGAAAUUGACGGUGUCAGAUCUCAGGGCAGCAGACCUCGACAACAAUGAUGAAGUGAGUCCUGCAGAAUUUAUCGUUUACAAACUGAAAGAGAUGGGCAAGAUUACUGAUGAAGAUGUGACUACCGUGAUGAAAGGGUUCAAAAUGCUCGAUGUUGAUCUGUCUGGAACAUUGACCGAAUCUGAUAUAGUUUGAAUUUUGAAACUCUUUCUAGUUUUGAAUUAUCUGGUAAUUGUACAUAUUAAUACAAGCACCUUGUAAAUGAAUUAUAUUUUUAUAAACGGAAUCAAAUGUUGAGCACAUCCUUCCAA